GCUGAAACUAACUACAGUACCAAGUUACAGAAGCUCUCGGUGGUUGGUUUGGCUUGGCCGAGUUAGGGUUCAAGAAAUUUUUGAAGGCAUUUCUCCCUUUUCGUCGGGUAUAAACUGAAGUAUCGAAGGAAAGAGAGAAAUUUGGGGAGGAAAAAUGGAGGGAGCAGAGGAAGGAGUAGAGAGAGUGGUAGAUUCAAAGGACUUGCAGCAGCAGAGCAAAGCCCUAGACAAGCUCACAGACCGUGUCGAAGAUCGCCAGCUCGAUUCCUCCCGUGCCCAAUCGGUCCUCUCUCUCUCUCUCUCUCUCUCUCUCUAUUUGAAUAUUUAUAAAUAAAGGGAGAAAGAAUUAGCAGCAGUUAAAAUUAAUGCAGCCGAUGUCGAAAUAAUUAUGAACGAACUAGAGUUGGACAAGAAUGUUGCUGAGAGAGCCCUUCGCGAGCACAAAGGUGAUGCUGUUGCUGCCAUACGGUACUUGCUGCAUUGAUGUUCUUUAUGACAGACUAAGAUUGUUGUCAAUUUUCGCCGAGAAGUAUUUUUGUAGUGAAUCUUUUUCGGAAAUAUGAAUUUGAACAUAAUAAAUUGUUUAAUGCUCCCCCCUUAAACUUGUGGAGAAAUGCAGAUUAUAGAAACAAACCUAGUGUUUAUAAGGUAUUAUGAAUUUAGUUUCUGCCAUUUCUUAGUUUGUCUUUGA